UGACGCUCUACCUCUAGCUAUUGCGUCGAAAAUGGCGCAGCCGAGUUUUAGGUACAGCAGAUCUAGAUUUUCUGUACCACACAGCUCUGAGGUGUACAUGAUGUUGUUGGAAAGUGCAUCCGGUUACAUAGAGGACGGGAGCCCCACUCUGAGCAAUUUGCAGUCGAAUACGUCUGCAGUCGGUGCCCUGUAUCUGUUGCAGCUAGGACGUGAGAGAGAGGAAAAAAUAAGUUUCGAUCUACGCAAAACAGAAGUGACCUUUCCACCAGGAGAUCUUGUUAUUCCUAGGCCCGAAGACAUGUACAAGCAACAAUCCAGUGAGGACUAUGUACGUGUUCAAAGUUUCAACCCUAAAGGACGACUUGCAACAGUUUUGAAGAAGAAUCUCGCGCCCUUGUCGGAAAAGCAGUUUCAACUGUUGUCAACGGUUCUAUCUAGUUCAGACCGCUAUGCUGCUUACCAGAACAAACAUCUCAAUGAAGCAGAGAACUAUGGUGUUAGCAGCAAGGUACUUGUUAACUUGUCCAGCAAUCCUGAAGAGUUUGACACACCAGGAAUCAUCAGGCACAUGGGAAAAGUUGAAAUUAGUUCUUGUGGAAUUAUGUUUGGAGUGGAACUCCUGGCUGAUCCACCUCAAGGCAACUGCAAUGGUACUUUCAAGGGACAUAAGUAUUUCACUUGCCCUGACAAUUGCGGAGUGUUUCUCUCUUUUGACAAGAUGAGACAUUGUGCUACAGAUGAAGAAUUUGCAUCUAGAGUGAAAGCAUUUUGUACAAAGUCUGACAAGCCAAGUAAGCGAUUGAGAGCACGGACACACAUAGAGAAGGAGAAGCAACACAGGGUGACUCGCAUUCAAACUUCAUAUCCACCAAAGCAGGCUGAUGCUACUGAUGACGGGAGCAGAUUGGAGCCAUCUGUGGCAUCUGAUCAAGGUUGUAGCAAGAGGCGAUACUCUUCAGAUAAAGCUGAGAAAGCAAUAGAAAUUGCUGAUCAAAUAGAAAAAGAUGAUCAACAGAUAAAGUUGCAACUAAGCCGAGAGAUCGCUGAGAAGAAAAGGUUGAGUGAGCAAAUUCGUCGUUUAGAUGAGCAAGGUAAACAACACGAGCAGGAGGUGACACAACUUAAGGAGCGAUGCCAGGUUGCUGAAGAUGCUCUUCAAGAGAAAGAGGGAACGCUCACUCACUACCGGAACAUUCUCUACAUUCAGCCAGACAAACUGUGUCUUAAUGGCAAGGAAAUAGGGUCAGGAUCUUAUGGUGUUGUUCAAGUUGGACAUUGGUGUGGUAUUGCUGUCGCUGUCAAGACAUUUCAUGAGAACCUGAGGCUUCCUGGAUUAGCACCGAUGUGUAUGAAAGAGCUGAUCGACUGCACUCAGUUACAUCAUCCCAACAUUGUUCGUAUUUAUGGUGUUGUGAUGUCAAAUAACACAUCUAUUCAAAUUGUGAUGGAGCUUCUUCAAGGCUCACUUAGUGAUUUAAUGAAGGCAGCACGUACUUGCAAACGUCCCCAGUAUUUGUCAUUUCGAGAGCAGAUUGACAUAGCUGCAGAUAUCACAGCAGCUAUCAUGUACAUGCAUCGACUUUGUCUUCAACCAUACGUUCAUUGUGAUAUUCGCACUACAAAUGUGAUGAUCACUCGUGAUAUGGUAGCUAAAGUGAGUGAUCUAAGUACAAGUUGCUUGAUCAACAGCAGCACUUCUCUAGGUGCAAUGAGUUAUGAAUAUUGUGCACCUCAGAAAAUGCCACGCAGUGAUAGUAGCACAGCUUCUAGUACUCGGGAAUCUGAUAUUUACAGUCUGGGCGUAACUCUCACAGAGUUGUUUACUGGAUUGUCACCAGAUCCUUCAGAGAGGGAAAAGCAAAUACGGAAGAUUGUAAACCCUGAUCUGUUAGAACUCUGCUUACAAAUGACAUGCAUUAAACCCACUGAACGACCAGGUGCUGAGAAGUUUCUUGCCAGUUUGACCAAACAGAAGUCAACAGAUCAAUACAGAUCAAUUUACGGGAGAAGGAUUGUUCGAGGCAACUUGGAAGAUGAGAACAUGAGUGUUAUUGAUUACAUUCAAAUCUAACUCAUACAACAGAAGCAACAACAUCAAAGAUUGCUGCUGUAAAUUUAAAGUUGUAUUGAGGGGAUGUGACAACAUGCAUUGCAGCAAUUGUAUGUAUUUUAUAGCUUGCUGUUGCACUUUGUAUCACAGGUUACGGUAGUACCCUGUAUGUAGGGAUUGUCGGGUUUUGGAGCGUUGUGGGGGCGUGGUCGUCCUUUUGCACGCUUAAAAACAUAGUAAAUGAAGACUAAAAUUUCUCAAAAUC